GGACAUGAAAUGAUUAUUGCUCUCGUUAUCGAGCGUGGAUUGGUUGACGUGAAUGCUGAAGAGGGGCCUCGACUCACGACGCCACUAUCAUACGCCGCCGAGAAAGGGUUAUUGAUGAUAGUCCAGCUUCUUUUGAAGAGUAGCAAGGUAAACAUGGACCACAAGGACGAAGACGGCAUGACACCCCUAGCGCAUGCUGCCAAAGACGGACACGAGACUAUUGUCAAGAUGCUUCUUGAUACUGGCCGCGUUGAUCCUGACAUUGCAGAUAGAAAUGGCCGAACACCUUUCUGUCAUGCUUGCGAAUGUGGACACGAGUCUAUUGUCAAGAUGCUUCUUGAGACUGGUAGGGUCGAUAUCAACCACCAGUCUGAGGAUGGCUGGACGCCAUUAUGGCAUGCAGUGAGAGGGCUACACCAGGCUGUUAUUCAGCUUCUUCUUGAGUCUGAUCAGGUCGAGGCGAAUUACAAAAAUCGAUGGGGUGAAACGCCAUUCUCAUAUAUUACAUAUGAUACCUGGUCUACAGACAUUUUCCGGCUUUUUCUCAGGGCCGGGAAAGUUGAUGUGAACUCGAAAGAUGCCAUCGGUCGAACGCCACUCAUAGCUGUCCUAUCUUAUGACAGUCAUCGCAGCACGAAGGAUGGCAGGCUUUUAGUUGAGACCGGUAUGGUCGAACCGAAUUCGAGAGAUAACAACGGUCGAACAACUCUCUCAAGGCUUGCAAGUUAUGAUGAUGUACCGAUCUUCAAGUCUCUCUUCGAAAACAGCACCGCCGAGCUAGACUGUAAAGAUUACUCAGGAAGAACACCGCUCUCACAUGCUGCAGGCGGAGCUGCAGCCAAUACUAUCAAACUUCUUCUGGGCAGUCAUCGGGUCGAGGCGGAUUUGAAGGAUAACCUGGGCCGAACGCCACUCUCAUAUGCUGCGACCGGGCCUGAUCCUAUCGCGGAGACCAUUAAACUUCUUCUCGGCACUAAUAAGGUCGAGAUAGAUUCCCAAGACACCUCAGGUCGAACGCCACUCCCUCAUGCCGCCGAGCAACUUAACAUCGCUUCCGUCUCCGCAUUACUGGAAGCGGGAGCCAAUCCUACUCUGAGGGACUAC